GGGACUAAUCCAAAAUAAAUAAUUAUAUCAAGAGUACUCCUCGAAAUAUCGACGUUCACCGUUGAAUUAUCAACAUCACUGGAACAGUUUGCGGGUGCAAUGGAGCCGGCGGUGGUGAAAUUGAAGGCUAUUGAAGCAACACCGGAGACAUUCAAAGAUUUCGGACAAGUGAUUCAGGCGUCGCCGGACGGCGACGAGUUCGGUCCUCACGAUGCUCAACUCGACCUCUCCCAAGGCACUCCUAGGUUCUACAUCAUGAACCUUGAAGCUCGGCCCCUAAAAUUCUCGACAAUAACACAUCAUGCUAGUGUGACCCAGUGCUUGGGUUCAAUCGGCGGUGGUGUUUGGUAUCUCGGAGUUGCAAAGUCAUCCAUAGUCGAUCCAAAUGUUGAAUUACACAACAAGAGUCCAAACGUUUUGCAAUCACGAAGUGGUCACUUCUUUGUACCUCCCGCCGUUGACGGUGUUCACGUCUUCAAAAUCACCGGUCCAAAAUUCCUGAAGCUUCACCGGGGAACUUGGCAUGCCGGUCCUUUGUUUAAGCCGGAUUCCAUGGAUUUCUACAAUCUUGAACUCACCAAUACUAAUGUGGUGGAUCAUACAACCCAUGAUUUCAAGAAGGAAAACGCAACUGUAUUUGUGAUAGAUGAUGAGUAGACAAUUUGAUUUGAUUUGUAUGAAAUAUGUAUGAAUACUCGGCUUUUCUUAAAGCAAACAGUAUAACAAAAUAAGAAUGAAAACAAAACAUACAAAUUUAUAAUGAAACAAAUCCUAGUUUUUACUUA